UGGGUGUCAUAUAAUUUGUGUUCUGUAUUUGUUGUAGUCUAUCAUAUUUUAUUUUUGUACAAAUGGCUGUACCAAAAGUGAAUGAAAAAUUGCUUGAAGACCUUCAAGUAAUGGGAUUUCCACAUGCAAGGGCAACAAGAUCACUCUAUUUUUCUGGCAAUAGAAGCUUAGAGGAUGCUAUAACUUGGAUGGUUGAUCAUGAGAAUGACACUGAUAUUGAUGAGAUUCCAUUGGUAGAUGUAGACAUUGAUAUUGAUACUUCUCCAUCAUUCCCUAUCACAGAAGAAAUGAGAAGGAAAGCAGUGGCCUUAAUUGCUAACAAUUUAAGGGACCAAGAGAAGAACAAGAAAAAGUAUGAAGAAAAAAUAAUGGAAAGAGAAAGGGAAAAGGAGAGGAUUCAAGCAGGUAAGAAACUCCUUGAGGCGAAACGAAUCGCGGAAGAAAAUGAAAGAAAACGGAAUUUAGCAUUAAGAAAAGCAGAAAAAGAAGAAGAGCAAAGAGCUAGGGAUAACAUUCUCAAGAAACUAGAGCAAGAUAAGUUAAAUAGAAGGUCUGAACUUGGAUUACCUUUAGAAAGCCAAGCAAAUGUGAGAUCAUCACCAGCCAUUGUAGUAAAGCAAGAAAAGAUAUCAAAGCCUGUUUAUACAACCACAAAAAUUGAACACUUGAGAGAAUGUUUGAGGUCUCUCAAGCGUGAACACAAGGGUGAGAAUACAAGAAUCAGAAGGGCCUUUGAAACACUUCUAGUGUAUGUUGGAAAUGUUGUCAAGAAUCCUAAGGAGGAAAAAUACAGAAAGAUUCGACUGAGUAAUCCAUUAUUCCAUGAUAGAGUUGGAAGUUUAAAUGGAGGUGUAGAAUUUCUUGAGCUAUGUGGUUUUGAGAGAGCUGAUGAGUUCUUGCAUCUUCCAAGUGAAAAGAUUGACAUGGAACUACUAAGUUCAGCUGGUUUUGUCUUAAAUUCUGCAAUGACAAAUCCUUUCUUUGGACUUUUAAGUACUUAACUCAUUAAUUUAGUUUGAAAAAUGAAUUAUUGCACAAGGCAAAGCCAUAUAUAAUGUUAAAUGUUGAGUGC